AGGUUAGAUAAAAAUAAAAAAUGGGUUUAAACUUUUCUUAUAUGAUACUCUUCUUUGAUCCAAAAGAAGACAAUAUGCUUGCAAGAAUCAUAACAUUUGGUGACGACAAUAUUAAGAAGCGAGAAGAAUUUUUUUUGAUAAAUCAGAAGACUCACCUAAGGGAUGAGGAUGGUUUAUGGCGUGCAGGGACUGAGAAGAGGCAGAUUGUGCAAGACUAUUUUUGUACCAUUUUUUGUUCGGAAGGUGCUGGUACUUCUGAGUUUUUAGAUUUACUCCCUUCGUGCACGAUAGAGGCAAAAUGAGGAGCUUCUACGCCCCUUAAGUCCGGAUGAGGUAUGAAUGAUACAAAUAUUGUGUUAAUCCGUGAAAAGCAAAGGCCUGAGCAUUGUGGUAUUUAUUUUUGAUGAAUUGUGUGAAUUCUUGAAUUAUUAUUACCUCUUCUUAUGGAUCAUCUAAUGCUAGAAAAGAGUGUAAUGUAUGCCAAUAAUCUUAUAUCCUUCCUGCUGUAAUUGUUAGGAUAAAUAAUGUGUCAACCUCAGCUAAAGUUGAGAGUCACUUAUCAGAUUUUAACGAUAUACUUCGUAACAAGUUCUUUUGGGGUAAAAAACUUCAUUACAGAGUUCUAAUACCUUUCUCGAAUUAUAUGCACUAUAUGUUCAUUGUUUGUUGUGGAGUUUCAGGGAGAAAAUCCAUUCCAAAACUCUACAAUCGCAUCGUGAUGCAUGAAACUAUCUCUUACAAGAAACAAAAUAUGCAGUCUAGCAUGAGGGCCCAUUGCAGUUCCAAAAUGACCCAAAAAACAAAGACGAGAAGGACAAAUUGCCACAAGAGGAGUUGACAAAAGUAAUGUGGUCUCUUUGCUUUAAAAUCUGAAAUGAGGGACAAACAAAACCCCAUGAAGUUUUACCUCGAUGCUUUCAGCCAUUCUAAAUAUAAACACUAAGUUACAAUUUUCUCUUAUUAUGCUUCAGUUUGGUUCGAGCUUCGGUAGAUACAUAGCAGCGACAAUUUAUUCACAUUCCAAAAGGGAUUACAUCAGAUGGCUACAGAAACACAACUGGAAGGAACAUCAACUAGCUAUGGAAUGGCUCCUAGUGGUAUAGAGAACUCUCUUUGUCAGUUGUCAGUCCCACAGAAUAUUGAAGAGCCCACACAUCAUCAGAAUCUUAACGAUCAUUCCCCUCACUGUCUGAAAGAGUGAACGCAAAGCAUAUGUAUCCAAAGUCAAUGUCAGGGGUAAUUCAAAGCUAAACAGAAACAUGGAGAAGGGGAUUAAAAAAGAAAUAGCAAACAGUUUAUAGAUUGUACCUUACAAAGGCUCCCUUGAUGAAUGUUUUAAGUCAUCACUCUCCAGACAAGGGAUUAGCUAUGCUGGUAGAAGAGCUAACCCUGGGUAACCAGAAAGAGAAAGAAGAGGAUAAUUGGGAUUUUGGGACUCACUCCGAAGAUGGAAAAAUUGAUGAAGUUAUUGACUGUACUGAUCUAAAGUCUAAACCCAAUUCAUUAUUCAUCACGAAAUCCUUGCUAACAAUGCAGCGCCCUUGUUAUAUUUUGUUCGUGAAACUAUUGGCAAGCUUGAGCACAAAACUUCUCUCUCAAAGGUGUGUUCUCUCACAAAAACUACUGAAGAUCAAGCGGCAAACUAACUCAGGGAAAAUAACAUUAUGUCUUUAGUAUUCACAAUUACUGGGCAUAUCCAAAAACAAACAUGGACUAGACAAAAAUUCAUCCCAAAAGUUUAUUACCCAAAACUUCUAUCGGGCACUAAAAAAGGUGGCUGGGCAAUACACAAAUGGUUUGGAUGAAGAAUUAUUGGGAAGGGCUUAACUUUCAAAUGGCAACGGGCUGAAUUAGUUCAGGGCCUCAGGGAGGAGCUUAGGG